UGAGGCGUCUAUCCGUGAUAUGAGAGUCAGACUGCCGAAGUUCGCAGUCGGACUUUGCUGUAGCUGCUGCGUAGCGACUGACAAGCACAAACACGUACUUUUAGCUCUCCGGGACCUAGGUAGAACUUGCACAGUUUAACAGGAGCUUAGUGAAUGAAUUAAAAAUGUUUUCCAUGUCUACGACAGUCCAGCCACAGGUGACUCUUCCUCUUAGCCACCUCAUUAACAUCCUCCACCCUCUGAAGAGCUCAGUGGGAAGCAGCAGCAGUGCCACCUGCACAUCAAGGAAACACAAGGAACACGCCUCGGACUCAGAUCUGCAGCGUACAGAGUCCACGUGGAGCCUACGAGAGUUUGGUUUCUCUGACUUGGGAAAACAGCAGCUGGAUGAGUUGGUGAACCAUGUUUUACCACGUUUGAGCCCGGACAAUGUUGCCCUACCGCCUGGUGGUCAGACUACAUGGAGGACCUCGUAUCUCUCCUCCCACUCCUUUUUCCACAACAAACACGGCUUCUCAUCAGGUACCAUGGGCGCAGCAGACCCUGUUUUCGCAAAGAAACAUCAGCUUUCACCACUUCAGACUGUUUGCACAGAGCUGAAACACUGGCCAGUGUUAAUUCAGAGCCGAGGCUUCAAAACGUUGAGGAGCAAAACUCGACCCGUGAAGUCAGCCUUUGAACGUCCUGCAGACUCGGAGGCUUUCCCAUCAUCUUUUAUGAAGGGUUUCCUCACACGAGACAAGGGGAUAGAUGCUGAAAGUCUUGACAGCCUGUUGAAGAACAAAAACAUACCUGAAGGACAGCAGGAGGCCUUCAAGACGGGUUUCGCUGAGGGUUUCCUUAAAGCUCAAGUCCUGACGAAGCAGACUCAAGACUCCCUAAGGAGAACUCGUCUGAUACUACUGGUGCUUAUUCUGAUCGGGCUCUACAGUAUAUCCAAGACUCCAGUCUUAUCGGUGCGGUUCCGAACCACAUCAGGUUUGUUCUCAGCAGUGGACCCGGUGCAGAUGAAGAACGUGAACUUUGAGCACGUGAAGGGAGUUGAAGAAGCUAAGAACGAGCUGCAGGAAGUGGUGGAGUUCCUGAAGAACCCACAGAAAUUCACAGCCUUGGGAGGAAAGCUGCCAAAAGGUGUUCUGCUUGUUGGUCCUCCCGGGACUGGAAAAACCCUUCUGGCUAGAGCGGUGGCUGGAGAGGCAGAUGUGCCGUUUUACUUCGCCUCUGGGUCGGAGUUUGAUGAGAUGUUUGUUGGAGUUGGAGCCAGUCGUAUUCGUAACCUUUUCAGAGAGGCAAAAGCCAAUGCUCCCUGUGUGAUCUUCAUUGAUGAACUGGACAGUGUGGGUGGGAAAAGAAUAGAGUCUCCGAUGCACCCUUACUCAAGACAGACCAUCAACCAGCUUCUUGCUGAGAUGGAUGGGUUUAAAAGCAAUGAGGGUGUGAUCAUCAUUGGAGCGACCAACUUCCCUGAGGCUUUGGAUAAUGCCCUGAUCCGCCCGGGGCGUUUCGACAUGCAGGUGACUGUACCCAAACCGGAUGUGAAAGGACGAACAGAGAUUCUCAACUGGUACCUGCAGAAGAUUAAAGUAGAUCCAGCCAUUGAGGCAAAGGUUAUAGCUCGGGGUACAGUUGGAUUUUCCGGUGCUGAUCUGGAAAAUUUAGUCAACCAGGCUGCCCUGAAGGCAGCGGUCGAUGGCAAAAACAUGGUCACUAUGAAGGAGCUGGAGUUUGCUAAAGAUAAAAUCCUCAUGGGUCCUGAGAGACGGAGUGCAGAGAUAGACAAAAAGAACAAACAGAUUACAGCGUAUCAUGAAUCGGGUCACGCGAUUGUUGCUUACUACACCAAAGAUGCCAUGCCUAUCAACAAGGCUACCAUCAUGCCCAGAGGCCCCAGUCUGGGACAUGUGUCCUUGCUCCCAGAGAAUGACAGGUGGAGUGAGACCCGGUCUCAGCUUCUGGCCCAGAUGGAUGUGAAUAUGGGCGGCCGUGUAGCAGAGGAGAUUAUAUUCGGCCAUGAAAACAUCACAACAGGAGCAUCAAGUGACUUUGAUGGUGCCACCAGGAUCGCUAAGUUGAUGGUGACCAGAUAUGGAAUGUGUGAAAAGCUGGGUGUAAUGACCUACUCUGACCUGAAUGAGCAAAGUCCAGAGACCCAAGCUGCAGUGGAGCAUGAAGUCAGGGUCUUACUAAAGGAGUCGUACGAGCGAGCCAAAGCCCUGCUGAAGUCCCACGCCAAGGAGCACAAAGACCUGGCCGACGCUCUGCUCAUGUACGAGACUCUGGAUGCCAAAGAGAUCCAGCAGGUCCUGGAGGGCAAAACCCUGGAGAGCAGAUGAAGUCCGCAGGGACGGUUGGGUGGGGUGGGGAGUCAAAUUUGCUUUCACAGCGUCUGACGUCACGCUGUCUUUUUAAUCUUAGCAGUGUCUCCAUCCUUACUGAGUGAGGAUAAAUAUGUUUCACAGAUUUAAGUUCAGCAUGUUCCUUAGGUCACUUUAUUGGUUGGUGGCAGAAAAUGAAUGUGAAUCCAAAAACUAAAACAAAACAGCAUCAUUGGACACAUUUAUUUAUUGUGAAAGAUCUCACCGGGAGAUGAAAUUUGAGCUGUCAUUAAACACUCAUGAUGUCUUUCAGUUAUCUGUGUGUCCAUAUCUGUUUAUUAACUAUAUUUACCACUUCAAGAAAGAAGUGUCACUUUAGCUUUUUGAUUUAAGAUACUGUCCACAUCCAUAUUCGAUUUAAUUUAAAAGUAGCCUUUUGGGAGAUGUUAAAUAUUCUUUUACAGCGACAGUGUUUUAAGUUUGGAUGUUUCAACACUGAUUUAGUCUGCAAACAAAUAUAUAAUUGAACUUUCUGCAUUAUAAAUUUAAAUGAACGAAAAGUGAAAACGCUAAUAUAAAUGAACAGGAUUUAAAAUGGGUGUCCCUGCAAUAUAUUAGCCUUCAUUUAUUUGUGUUCAAACAAGACAGUUUAAAGAGGAUCUGCUGCUGCAUACACAUCUGCUUUUAAAACAAAGUUUGCACAAUUCGAAGUAUAAAAGAUGGCCACUGUUACUCAAUCCAGCAAUGAAAAUGUGCUGUUUAAAGAAAUGUGAGCUAACAUCUGUGAUUCUCAACAGUUGUGUAUACAUUUUCAUUAAUGCAUAAUGACAAAUGUUUGUGUAUGCUCCAAUAUUGAGACAGCAGCAUCUUUUUCUCUUUUCUUUCUUUUCUUUUUGUCAUCAUUACACAGUGUUGUCUCUGUUUAUGGCCUGUUAAGUCUAGUUUAGCAUGUAUAUAAGACUGGGUGGUGGGAACAUUUGUAUAUAAAUGUAUAGUAAUGCUUUUAUGCUGCACCCACUCUGCUGUAAAUUUCUUCAACCGUGUGAUGAAUUUGCGAAGCUGAAAUAAAGUCAAAAGUACAAACUUAA